GAAGUCACGAAUGUAAUUUGACCCUUUCUUAAAUAGGAAUGUUUGCGACAUUGCGAUCCGAAAAUUAAAAUGUCCCUUUUAAUAUUAUUAGAUUAUUAAUUAUUAUGUUAUACUAAUUGCACAACAUUGUUUUCUUGUAAAUUAUGAUGCCCAUUUUAUGCUUUCUUUGUGUGUUUUCUAUGAAAUAAUAAAUGGAUGCUGCAAAUGAUCAAAUAAGUACAAACAAGCCUCCCCUCCUUCCCAAGCCAUGCUUAAGCACAUCUUCAAGCGAACAUGGAGAACAUGUUAUCCCUCAGAUGGUGAUAACAUCACCUGAUGAGGAACCUGCAGUAAUUCAGAAUAGUUCACAAGCUAUACCUUUGCCUUAUGUUCCACUAUCUGAACCUAUAUCAACAGAUAGUCAAGCUAAAGAUUUAAAAGGCAUUCCAUCACCACCAGAGGCUGUUCAGGAACAGCAACCAGAAGAUGGGAAAUGGUCUGGAGAUGGACAAGUCGAUAUAACACAGAACAAACCCAUACCACAAAGUCACACAGAAUCUAAACCUGAAGAACAUGUUUCACAUUCUGUCAUUCAGAGGCCGCUUAUCAUCGAAUCAGAAAAAUCUGUUUCUCAGUCCACAACUCCCGAACCAAAUGUACAAAUUUCAGAAUCACCCUCUCCACCCCCUUCAUUACCACCAACAACUAUGCAGAGACCUUUGGUUGUUGAUAACUCUAGUCAGAUGGCAGAUAAUUUUGUUUUGGCAUCAGAAGGAACUUUUGAACAGUGUAGUCCAGAAACAAUGCACAGAGAAAACAUAGGAAGAGAUAUAAAUGAAGAGAUUUUAGAUGAUUUUAUUGAACCUUCCAUAGUGGAUACAAAACCAAAGUCAUCCAGUUUCUCAUGGAUGCCUUCUUUUUCCAAACCACAUUCCUCAGGAAAAGAUGAGAAAUCUACAAGUAUACAAUCAAGUAAAAAAGAAACAGACACUAAAGACAAUAAACCUUCUGAUAUUGAACCUCAUGCUAAAAAGGAUGGAAUACAACAAAACAUGAAAAAAUUCUUUGACAAUUUACUUCAUGAUACUACUACAGAUACCAAGGAUAAAACUAUAGUGCAUGAUGAUCAGUAUGAAAAUGCAGCUGCAGACUCAAAAAAUGUACAAAAAGAUGGUAAACAUGGUGUAAUGAAAUUAUUUAGUUCCUCUAAACAAGAAUCAGAAACUAAAGGAAAAAAGUCUCCUUUACCAGGUGAACUUCCAAAAGAAACUAGUAAUAUUAAGGAAACUUCUAAAGAUUCCAAAUUUACUGUGAAAAAAAUGUUUGAUUCCUUUAAACAUGAUACAAGUGAUAAAAAAGAUGCUGCUGCUGAAUUAUCCCAACCUGAUCUGAAGUCAAAAGGGAAAGUUAUGCCUUCUUCACAAGAACCUCCCAAAGAAGUAGAAGUUGCACCUAAAGAUUUUUCUAAGGAUUCAAGAUUUAAUGUGAAAAAGAUAUUUCAACAUGAUACAACUGAAAAGAAAGAUGCUACUGAAAUAGUGAAACCUGACACAAAAUUAAAAGGAAAAAUCUCUGCAACUUCAACUGAACCAGUAAAAGAUUUAGAACCAACUUCUAAAGAUGUCUCAAAAGAAUCCAAGUUCAGUGUGAAAAAGAUGUUAGAUUCCUUUAAACAUGAUGCUGCUGCUGAAAAGAGAGAAAUUUUACCCGAAUCUUCUACCGACGUGAAGGUGAAAGUGGAAAUUACCCCUUCUGUUGAAUCAGAAGCUAAAUCUAAAGAUUCUAAAUUCAACAUGAAGAAAAUGUUUGAUUCAUUUAAACAUGAUUCUUCUGAGAAAAAAGAUAUCUUGCCCGAUUCUUCAACUGAUUUAAAACCAAAAGAAAAAAGUACAUCACCUACUAAAAUUACUAAAGAAGGAGAUGUUUCAUCUAAAAUCUCAAAAAUGUUUGAUUCCUUUAAACAUGAUUCACCACAGAAAAAAACAGAUGUACCAUCUGAUUUAUCACAACCAAAUGAAAAUCUUUCAAAACCGCAUAAAGAAGGAGAUAGUUCAUCUAAAUAUAAUAUUUCAAAAAUGUUUGAUUCUUUUAAACAUGAUUCAUCUCAGAAAAAAACAGAUAUAUUAUCAGAAUCAUCACAGAUUGUUGAAAAUCCUGAUGCAUCUAAAGUUCAUAAAGACUCAAAAACUGGCUUCAAGAAAUUUAUUGAUUCAUUUAAACAUGAUGAGACUGCUUCAUCUACAACUGCUGAAUUAAAAGAAUCUGAAACUCCUCUUGGGUGCUCUGAGUAUGGGAAAAAAGAUAAUUUAAAAUCAGCUAUAUCCAAACCUGAUAUUUCUAAACAAUAUCCUGGAAAAGAAACAACUUCUCAAGUCACUAUAACCAUUUCUCCUUCUGAAACAAUUGACACCCAAAGUAAGAUUGCAACAGAGACAAAAGAAUUGCCUGAAGGUAAAUUGAAAUCAAAAGAAGGAAGUGUUAAGAAGUUUUUCCAUUCUUUCAAGUUUGAGGGAGCGGGUGUACCUACCAAAAAAACAGCAAAACAUCAUGUAACAUUUUUAGAAAGAGAUAGUCUUAAAAGAUCUCACUCUUUCAGAGAUUCUAUUCUUUUAAAAGAUGAAGAUGUUCCUGAUCAUACUGAAAAGGUUUCAAAAGGAAGUGCUCACAGUAUUAGAAAAUUAUUCACUAGUGAUAAACCAUCUGAGAAAAAGAAAUUGAAAAGCACACUCAAGCGAUCGGAAUCAUGCAAAGAAACUUUUGCAGAGAAGGAGGCAUUUCAUGGUUUCAGAAGUUUCUUUGAUUCUAUUACCCAUAAGAAUGUUCCAAAAUCUAGUCAAGUAUCUAAUGCAGAGGAGCAUAUAUAUGAUACAGUUGGUAAGCCAGAACCAUCCACUUCCAGUCCCUCAUAUCCUGAAAACAUUUCUAGACAAACCUCUUCCAAAACACCUGAACCUAAGCAAAAAGAUGAUUCUUCAGGAAUGAAAAAAUUAUUUGACUCAUUUCGUCACAAAGAUUCUGCUUCAAAACCAAAAGUCACAAAAAGAGAAGACAAAGAUUAUGAAAAGAUUGAUAUAUCUUUUGCUGUGCCUAGUACUAGUGAGACUUCUAGGCCCUUAAGUGAUAAGAAAAAGGAGCAGAUUACAACAGAUUUGAAAAAGGAACCACAGCCUACCAAAAUUGUUGAAACUAAGAAAAAAGAGCAAAUUAUAAAAGAUACGAAAAAGGAAUCAGAACCUAUUAAAAUUGUUGAAACUAAGAAAAAAGAGCAAACCACAAAAGAUAUGAAAAAGGAAUCCCAACCUAUUAAAAGUGUUGAAAUACAGAAACCAAAAGAUGUACCAAAAGUUUCAAGCUUAUCACCAAAACUUACCAAAGAAAAAAAGGCAGAAGAAACAAUACCUUCUAUUCAAAUUAAUGGACCAUCUACAUCUGUGGAUUCUAAAACAUCUAUGUUUACAACUAUAAGUGAUAACUUCACUGUUUUAAAGGAUAAAGUUAUGCAUCCAAAAGACAGCAAAAAGAAAGAAGCUACAGACCAAGAAAAAGUAUCUGAAGAAUAUGAUCUUCAACAUGCAGCUAGUAAAAAUCAGAUACAUGAUAUUUCUGCUGGUACUUAUAAGCCAAUUGAAGAUGGUUCUUUUAUUAGUGUAGAUCUUAAACAAGAAGAUGAUAUUAAAAAGGGUACUACUUCUGUAAUUCCAGAUAAUAAAAUUCCUUCUCAAGAAAAAUCUUUACAAGAGUCUAUGAAAAAACCAUCGAUUCCUAAACACUUGCAAAAGUCAGAUAAAGUAUCAGCCAAAAUUGAACCUGGGACACCAGAAACAUUAUAUGACACUUGUUGUAUGAGAUUGGCAAAUUUAUUAGGUAAAAAAGCUCUUGAAAUAGUUUCUGAGAAGACUAAAGGCCCUCCUAAGAAACCUCCUAAGCCAUCAGCUGAAGCAAUUGCUAGAGCUAGAGCUGCUGUUGUUUCUCAACGGUUGCGUGGACAUCCUGCCAAAGUUCAGAGUAUUGGUGAGAACAUUCCUCCUGGAUAUGAUGGCAUUAGAUUUGCUGAUGAUGAAACAGAAUCAUCCUGUGAUUAUAAAGACGUAGAGAAUAUUGAUUACAUUUUAGAUUAUGAGCUUGUCAAUAGAUAUAAAUGUGAUAGCAAAUUAGAUACAUUUAGUGAUCCUAGUACUUGCAGCGGAAUGUCUAGUUAUUAUACACCAGACACAGUUACUUUGAAGGAUGAAACUUUCUCAGAUGCACCUUUUGAAACUGUUAAUCUUAAUAAUGAUUAUCUUUUCCAACAUCUGUCAGCUGCUGCAAAUGAGCCUGAUUUUCGUAGUUUGCCUUCUAAAGUAAAAUCAAAGGAAGAAAGAGACAAAUUAAAAUUUAUUGCUAAACCAGGGCAAAGUGUAAGCAGCACUACCUUAACUCCUGUCAAAAAAGUUCCUCCACCUCUUCCUCCUAAACCUACAGUAUUGCCUAAACCUAAAGACAUUCAAAAUAAAGAUGGUGUUUCUCAGUGUAUAAAUGGACUUUCAUUAUCUCCUAGACUUAAAACAAAAUUUGAAAAAGAUUCUGCUGCUACCAAGAAACGACCAUUACUAGUUGCUGAUUUAAAAGGAACUGAAUUUACUAGCUUACAGACUAAAUCUAAAGAGCACCAAAAUAAAGAACGGACUUUUAAUACAGUUUUGAGGAAUGAAUCUUUAAAAAAUAUAAGUACUAUUGCUCCUCUACACAAACCACUUCAGAAUACAAAAUCUUCACCUCAUAUAUCACAGGCAUCUGCUUCUUUUGAACCUACAGUAUCUAAAAAACAGACUCCUCAGAGACCUCCACCACCUAUAAGUUCUAUUCAUUCUGAAGAGAAAAGGUCUAAAGCUCCUCCACCAGUGCCAGAAAAGCCAAAACGUGAAGGCCGAACAGCAUCCACAUCAGCUAUUCCAGAAAAAAGAACCAUUUCUCCACCAAGACCACCUCCUCCUGUUAUAACUAAAGUUAAUGUACCUCCUCCUAGACCACCACCUCCUACUCCUUCUAAAAUUGUUACUGAACUCUCUGAUCAAAGAAUAGGUGAUCAAUCAGAAACCAGCAAUAUUUUAAAAACUGAUCAAAGGAUUUCUCAAAAAGAUUUAUCUAAUGAUAUACCCAUUUAUGAAAAUGAUUCACAGCAGCAUAAGUUAUCUGAUAUUAUUCAUCCUGAUAGCUCUGAGAAGAAGGAAUCAAUUGAUGAUAAUCAAUCUGAAUGUAAACCAGAUGAAAAUUUAAAUGUAUCAGUUAAAGAAAGUAAUCUAACUCCUAAGUUUAGUGAGGUAAUUUCAGAAAUUGAAGUAUCCAAUCUUCCCUCUGUAUCAGACGAUACUGAUGUGAUUAAACCGGCACCUAAACCGCCUCCUCGUGGACGUAGAAUUCGAUCGCGUACUGUCGAGAUCCCUCCUAAAGAAAAAACCCCAGAAAAGUCUCUUCGCAGGAGUCAGUCUCUAUCAGAUAUUGAAGUUGAAACAAGAACCUCUCAUCUUACCAUAAGUACUACCCCUACAAAAGCUGAUCUAAAGCAUUUAUAUACAUCUGUAAAUAAAGAUGGGAAAAGGGCAGUUGCCAGUGGUUCGCAGUCACCCAGUGUCUCCUCUCGACCUCUACCUGCUCCCCCACCCCCACCGAGAAAGUUCCGGUCCCUUGAUCGUAAACCUAAAGAUAGGAAAAAACAAGCAGAAAAGGAUGAGUUGAAUAGUAGUGAAUGCGAUGUGCAUAGAAGUGCUUCUGCUGAUGCAGCUGUAGACCAAGGACCAAAAGAUACUGAAAACCUGAUAGAAAGUACUUUAGAAACAAGUGGAAGCUUAUCUCCUUUACCUAGAAGUUGUUCUCCUGAUUUGUCAUUAGAUCAUGAGUCAAAAGAUGAACUAAGAGAAAUAGAUUCUUUUAAAUUAAGUGAAAGUGGUUCUCCAGGACCUAGGAAUGAUUCUCCUAAUAUAUCAGUAAAACCUCCAGAAAGGAGGAGAAAAACUGAUAAACAAAGAUUUCUUAGUCUUCACACUGAGAAGAAAAAGACUAUCCCUGAAUUUGAGACAUAUAGUCUUAGAAUGCCGCGCUCACAUAGUGAACCUUUGAAACCAGACAGAAAAUUUAAACAUGUUCAUCGGCCAGAAUAUGAUGAAAAUGCUAAUAUUUCGUUCCCUACAGUGGCAGAAGUUCACUAUAAUAAUGUUAUAUUGGAUGAAUGUGGUAAUGAAAUUGGUGAAACUUCAGCAAGUGCAAACAUUCCUUCUGUGGAUGCUACCGACUCAACUGCAGAGUGUAGCCAAGAUAAGAAAAGUCCCAACCCUCAUCCUCGCCGAAAGAAGGAUAAGAAUCCUAAGAAAUCUCAUUCCAGUUGGUAUGAUCAGAGUGAAGAAUCAUGGGAGAUUGUAGAUUGGGACUCUGUUGCUGCAUCUGAGAAAGGUUUGAGAACUCCUGAUGCGAGUGGGGCAUUAUCACAAAUGCGGCGUAGAUCUGACCCUAUUAUAGGUAGAAAAAUUAGGCAGACAUCUAAAUUUUAUGUUGAUGUUGAAGUAGGCAAUUCAGGAUUACCUCUAGUAGAUAAAGAAACAUCUCCUCUCCAUCUUGAUUGUUCAGAAAAAUCUGUACAAACUUCUUUAGAAACUUUAUCUCAAGGUAUAAUAUCACGUGAUGAACAAAGUGAGUUAGCAGAAAGUUCCUCUGAUAACACUGAUAAUUUGCUCAACAUAGUUAAAACAUUGCAAUCUGAAUUAAAAACUACUCUAAGUAGGCACAAGUCGUUAGGAGAUGAAGAUAAUGACACAAGCAAUGCUACAACCGAUACUGAGAAAAAAGAUGAAGAUAAAAAGAAAUAUUUAAAGACUCCAAGUAUCCAGUCAUCUGCUUCAGAAACUUGGCCCAUAUCUUCUUCUGACGAGAGUGAGGGUGAAUUAUCUCCUGGAAGAGCAGCCAACUUGUCAGAAAUUGCCUUAAAUAGGAAGAAGAAAAAAGUGUUUUAUAUUGCUCGAGAAAUAAUGACAUCAGAAGAAAUAUUUGUUGAUACCUUGAAAUUACUGAAUGUAGAUUUCAAAGCAGCAGUUGAAGCAGCUAGUAAACAAAGAAAUGUGUCUGUGGUUCCAGAUGAGGUUUUAUCACAAAUAUUAAAUCAUCUCCCCCAGUUGCAGCAAUUGAAUGAGAACUUGCUUAUGGAAUUGAAAGACAGAAUUGAUAAUUGGGAUAAAUUAGGUAAGAUUGCUGAUGUUAUUGUAAAGAUUGGACCUUUCCUUAAAUUGUACUCUUGGUAUAUCCACGAUUUUGAAUCAAAUGUUGCUCUUUUGGAAGAAUCAAAGAAAAAAUAUCCUACUUUUGCUCAAGUUGUGAAAGAAUUUGAGUCAAGUUCUAGAUGCAAAAGAUUAGCUUUGAAUCAUUUUAUGUUGAAACCAAUACAAAGAAUACCUCAAUAUCGCUUGUUACUUCAAGAAUACUUGCAUCACUUAACUGAAGAUUCUCCUGACUAUCAAGAUACUGUUACAGCUCUGCAAAUAGUCAGUGAAGUUGCUGGUCAUGCUAAUGACAGCAUGAAACAAGGCGAUAAUGCUCAAAAAUUGAUAUCUAUCCAAAAUAGUAUUAUGGGACAUAAAGAAAUUAUCAAGCCUGGAAGGUUAUUUGUGAAAGAAGGAGAAUUAAUGAAAUUGUCUAGAAAAGGAAUGCAACCUCGAUGGUUUGUUCUGUUUAAUGACCUGUUACUUUACCUCACUCCUGUUCAACAUGGUUUGUACAGAAUAAAUCACGAACUUCCACUGACUGGCAUGAAAGUUGCAAUUCCAAUUCAGCAAGAUUAUCAGAAUGAAUUUAGUAUUAUUUCUGUUACACGUUCAUUUACUCUUGCUGCUAGGUCUCAAGAAGAGAGGCAAGAAUGGAUUGUAGCUUUGACUAAGGCUAUUGAAGAAAAUGCUUCUAAAAGAAGUACCUUCACAAAUAUACGAUUACAAAAGAGGAUGCAAGGCAGAAAUUCUGAAGAUGAUGAAGGUGACUUUGUACUUGGAAGAAAAGCACCAGUAUGGAUUCCUGAUGCUCGUGUAACCAUGUGUCAGUUGUGUACAAGUGAAUUCACUGUAACCUUCCGGAGACAUCAUUGUCGGGCAUGUGGAAAAGUCAUUUGUUCUGUAUGCUCGAGUAAUCGAAUACCUUUAGCAUAUUUAGGGGGAAACAAAGUAUAUAGAGUUUGUGAUGAAUGUUAUUCAAAACUUGGGCCUGAAACAGGCAGUACUCCUGAAAAUGGAGAAACAGAUAGCGAUAACCAACAGAUAGCUGUAAAACCUCAUCUGAGAACUGAGCACCGGUAUACAAAGAAAGGCAAAAGAAAUUUACCUAGUGUUUUAAAAGAGGUUUGUGCUAAUGAUCAAGGAUCUACCAUUAGUGGUUAUCUUCAGAAGAGGAUAGGAAAAAGUUGGAAAAAGGAAUGGUUUGUUGUGAAAGAUAAAGUGCUUUAUGAGUACAAAGCUAGUGAGGAUGUUGCAGCUUUAAGUAGUACACCCCUUCUAGGGUAUCAGAUAGAAUCUUUUUCAGAGGAUUAUGAAAAUGUGAAUAUGUCUUUAUUAUUUCAACUUACACAUCCAGGGCAGGCACCUAUUAUAUUUCACACAGAUUCAAUUGGUUCAACCGAAAGGUGGAUUGCAGCUCUGAAAGAAGCAUCAGUCUUAGAAUAAAAAUUUUUAAUCUAAAUGUACAGUUCUCUUGUGAUAUUGAAUACAUUUAUAGUGCAGCUGAGAAAAUACUUUUGAAGAUCAAUAGCAUUCUUGAACAAUUAUAGCUUUAGGGAAGUUUUAUUUUCUAAAGAUAAAUUCAUAAGUGUUUUUGUAGAAUGAUGUAUAAGAGAGGAUUGUUUAUUUAUACAUUUUUUUUAGUUUGUCUUUGCAGUAUCUUUCCUUUCUAAGUCAUUUUUAAAACAUGAUCUAAAAUAUUAGUGAAUCUCAGAAUUCUUUUAUUUAUGAUUUGAAAAUAAAAAUUGAACAGACUUUAUUUAUAACAUAGAUAUGCCUUAUUUAUUGAUUGUUGUAGAUUUGUACAAUGGAUAGAAAUAGAAAGUUACCAAAGAUUGAUUUGAAUAAAUUUAUCCAGUUAUUAUGACUUUGAAAUCAAAUUUGUACAAAAAUAUUUUAACAAUAAAACUGAUGUGAUAUUACAAUAUUUUAAAAAGUGUGUAAUAUAUGUGUGUUGUGUGUGCAAUAAAAGAAAAAUUCUUAAUUUAUGUAGAUAAAUAUAUUUUAAUGAAUUGUUGUGUGUGAAUAAAUUAUAUAUUUGUUAAUGUUUGAAUAAAAUUGUCAUUAAUUUA